GACGUCAGCGCGUUCUCGCGAGAUGAGACUUGUUACGUCUGGAGAGAAGCCGUCCGGCAGCAGUGGAGGCUACACACCGAAGGCGCUGCAGGGCGUUUAAACUGCAAUCCGGGACUUGGACCUGUGUUAAGAAAAUCGCUACUGUUGGGCGAUAACUGUGGACAGAAGGAAAUGGCUGUCAAGCACUGCUCAAGUAAUGUUGGAUAAUAGCUCAGUGCAAUCAUUAUGACAUCAAACCAGGGUUAAAGGAAAGACCUUUGCCAAGGAUAUGUUCUGGUCUACAGCUAAACUGACAACUCACUCCUAGGACAGUUUGAUGGUGCACAACUAAAACUAUUUCCUAUGCACAGGGAAAAUGGUGGAUGUUGGAAAAUGGCCAAUCUUUGCCCUUUGCCCGCAGGAAGUCCUGAAGUUUAUUCAACAAGCCUGUGUUUUUGGGGCUGGAAAUGAGGUUUUGUAUAUUACAAAAAAUGAUGAGGUAUUUGUGAUGGGUACUAACAGCAGCGGCUGUUUAGGGACUGGUGAUGCGCAAAGUAUAAUUGAACCACGACGUAUAGAUAUGCUUUCAGGGAAGAGGAUAGUCAGCCUGAGUUAUGGAAGUGGGCCACAUGUUGUCAUUGUAACGUCUGAUGGAGAAGUGUAUAGCUGGGGUCAUAAUGCUUAUAGCCAGCUGGGAAAUGGCUCAACCAACCAAGCCCUAAGUCCGUGCCAAGUUUCCACUAACUUAAUAAACAAGAAGGCUCACAGUGUGGCCUGUGGAUCACAUCAUUCAAUGGUAUUAACAUGCGAUGGUGAGGUCUAUGCAUGGGGAUACAACAACUCUGGGCAAGUCGGUUCAGGUUCUACAGCCAAUCAGCCUAUUCCUAGGAAAGUGACCAGUUGUUUACAGAAUAAAACUGUGAUUGGUAUUGCGUGUGGUCAGAUGAGCUCAAUGGCUGUAGUAGACAACGGAGAGGUGUAUGCAUGGGGGUACAAUGGAAAUGGCCAGCUAGGUUUAGGUAGCAGUGGCAACCAGCCAACACCGUGUCGAAUUGCAGCACUACAAGGCAUUCGUGUGGAACAGGUUGUGUGUGGCUAUGCUCAUACAUUGGCAUUAACAGAUGAAGGGGUCAUGUAUGCUUGGGGAGCCAACUCCUAUGGCCAGCUAGGCACAGGGAAUAAAAGUAACCAGUCUUAUCCUGUGCAAGUCAUUGUGGACAAGGAAAGAAUAGUCGAGAUUGCAGCCUGUCACUCUUCACACACUUCUGCUGCUAAGUCCCAGAGCGGUCAAGUUUACAUGUGGGGCCAGUGCCGUGGCCAGUCUGUCAUUACUCCGCAUCUCACUCACUUCUCCUGCACGGAUGAUGUGUUUGCCUGCUUCUCAACUCCAGCCAUAAUGUGGCGCCUUCUGUCUGUAGAGCCAGAUGACCACCUUACAGUCGCAGAGUCACUUAAGAGAGAAUUUGACAACCCCAAUACGGCAGACCUGAAGUUUUUAGUCGAUGAAAAGUACAUAUAUGUGCAUAAAGUUCUUCUACAGAUCAGGUGUGAGCAUUUCCGUUCCUUACUCCACGAAAGUGAAGAAGAAAUCAUUGAAAUGAAUCAGUUUUCCUACCCAGUAUACCGUGCCUUCCUGGAGUUCUUGUACACAGAUAACAUCAGUAUCUCUCCUGAGGAUGCUAUUGGUCUACUGGAGCUUGCGACGAUAUACAGAGAAAACAGACUCAAGCAACUGUGCCAGCAAACUAUCAAACAAGGGAUCUGUGAGGAGAAUGCAGUUGUGCUGCUCUCGGCUGCAGAUCUAGAAGAAUAUUGCUUCAGAUUUUGUGUAAACCACAUGACAGUGGUGACCCAGACGGACGCCUUUGCUGAGAUGGACAGUGACCUUCUGAAGAACUUUAUCAAUAAAGCAAGUAAAGCCGGAGCAUUUAAGAACUGACUGCGCUCUCGAAUGAACUGGUACAUCCCCUCUUUAUAUUGCUCUGCUCCAUCCUCACCUGCCCUUGCCUUUUUCUUUUAACAAAGCACAAUUAUUGUUUCAUUAUUAUUUGAUGUAUGUGAAAUUGUGUCAUAAAAGGAUAUUUAAAUGAA